AUGACCGGCGUCAUUGAGGCUGUCUAUAUCUUUGAUGAUAAUAGAAGCCUGAUCCUAUCGCACACAUACGCUGGCCGCCCACUCUCCGCCAACCACAUCCUCCCUCUCUAUCUUGAGCAUAGCGCACCUCGACCGAACCUGAUAUAUCUUCCGAAUACAAGCCCUCCUACACUAGUAUUCAGCCUUGCUCACGCAAACAUCCUGUUUCUCGCUACAUCCUCCUCCGAAAUUGAGCCCCUCCUAGUCCUCGAAUUCCUCCACCGAAUAGUCGAUGCAUUUGAAGAUUUUCUCGGUGCGCCGCUUCUAGCGGUUAAGAUUGAGAACAAUUAUGAUGUGGUUGCACAGCUUCUCACUGAAAUGUGCGAUGCUGGCGUAAUAAGCACUACAGAACCAAACGCCCUUCGAGAAGUUGUCGAAGUGGAAGGUUGGAUGAACAAGCUUCUGGGAAGCAUAAGUUUACCAGGGCAGCUAAAGGAAAGCUUUGCAAGCUCCAGUACACCACCUUUAAUCCAGCCAAACAUAACAGCGCUACCUUGGAGGCGGGCCAACGUGCGCCACACAUCGAACGAAUUAUAUGCCGACCUUGUCGAAACCCUAACGGUAACACUUGCUCCUUCUGGAAGACCACUAGCGGCGUUUGCAAACGGCACCAUUGCAUUUACCUGCAAGGUAUCAGGGGUCCCUGACAUCCUGUUAACGUUAUCAAGCCCGUCAGGCAGACAUAAUAUUGCUGGCGUGAUGGAUCUACCUGUAUUUCACCCCUGUGUGCGUUUAAACAAAUGGAAGGAACGACCAGGAGAGCUGAGUUUUAUCCCUCCAGACGGGCGGUGCAUUCUUGCGGGUUACGAGGUUGACUUGUUGCCAUUUACAAGCGGCACGGCAGGCAGCUUAACGUCCAACAAUCUGCAGCUGCCUGUCAGUGUUGAAGUUAAAACGGGUCUAGGUAGCCUAGGCGCAGAAUUUGAGGUGCGCCUUCAAGCCAUUAAGAUCCUGGGUGCGCCAAACAGCCUCUCAUCUGGGCCACUCGGCAGAGCUGGCCCUGGACGGCUGGGACAGCCCGCCCAGGGUACUCCACAGGCACCAGCGCUGGAUGACUUGGUAGUCACUAUUCCUCUGCCAGCAGACGUACGGAACUUAUCCGACAUUCGUCCGAGCAGAGGGGAUGCCAGCUUCAACCCAGGCGAUAGGGUGUUGGAGUGGCACAUUCCCGCCAAGGAGAUCUCUGGGCCCACGUCGUACUUUGGCCUGAGAUGUACAGUGGUUGGCCCAUUCACCCAGAACGACGACGACGAUGACAUGGAGCCAAACAACUUUGACUUCAGUAACGAUUAUAGCUAUACCGACAACUACCAAAGCUCAGCACCGGUAGAGACCGAGGAACCCAAAAAGAAGAAAAAGAAGAAGAAGACAAAGAACGGCGCCAAUGGCGAGGCUGGAGAAGCUGCGCCGCCACUAUCAAAAGCGGGAGGAUCACCGAGCGACGAUCAAGAUACCAAGAGGAUAGCGCAAAACCGAAUACUGAUGCCUACGUCUGCUUCAGUCAGCUUCUCCGUCCGGGGAUGGCUGGCUAGUGGCCUCAAGGUUGAGAGUAUCAUAUUGGACACGCGUAAGAGUCGAGGGCUUGGCGAAGGAGUGAAACCUUACAAGGGUGUUAAGUAUCUUACAGUAAGCAAGGGGGGAGUUGAGAUUCGUUGCUGA